AUGGUCGACAACCACGAGGACGAUCUCGCCGCCACCCAGACUGAGGGUUUCAAGGUCGGCGAGAAGAAGACCAUCGACGAGUACAACCAGCUCGACAAGGACGAUGAAGCCAUGAACCGCUGGAAAGCUUCGCUGGGCCUGAAUGGCGGCGACCCUAUCCAUGAAGCCAAUGACCCCCGCAAGUGCAUCAUCAAGUCCCUGGCACUCAAGGUCGAGGGCCGACCCGACGUCGUGAUCGACCUCUCCAGCCCCGGCUCGGUCGACAGCCUCAAGGACAAGCCUUUCACCAUCAAGGAGGGCGCCAAGUUCCACAUCAAGGUUACUUUCCAGGUUCACCAUGAGGUCCUGAGUGGUCUCAAGUACCUGCAGGUGGUUAAGCGCAAGGGUAUUCGUGUUAGCAAGGAUGAGGAGAUGUUGGGUAGUUAUGCGCCCAGCACUACCACCAAGCCUAUUUACGAGAAGGAGUUCAACGAGGAGGAGGCCCCCUCUGGCAUGAUUGCCCGUGGUCACUACAACGCUGUCUCCAAGUUCAUUGAUGAUGAUGCCCACACUCACUUGCAGUUCGAGUGGUCCUUUGACAUUGCCAAGGACUGGUAG